AUGGGGAAAUUGCUGAGUCUUUUAGCACGGGAUGAUUCGAAUUGUUGUUCUUCGCCACGUUACGAUAUUUUCUUAGAUUUUGAAAAUGCUGCGCCUACUGAUACAGAGCGCGAUGUUUUUGAAGAAGUACAAAGAGUACUUUUAGAAUCAGAUAAAAUCUUGGAGGAAAUACAGUGUUACAAAGGGGCUGGAAAAGAAAUUCGGGAAGCUAUCGCAGAUCCUUCGACAAUAACGCAAGAGAGGGCUUGGCGCGCCGUUAAACCAUUGGUGGACAAAUUGCUUAGGUUUUAUAACCACUCCUUGGAAUUGAAACGCGUGGUACCACGUCUCUUAGGCUCACUUGUCGGAGGAUCUAUGAGUCCCACACAGCAUUUGGAGCAGCAACAAGCACUAGUGAAGCAAUUUGCGGAAAUAUUGGAGUUCGUUUUAAAAUUUGACGAACAUAAAAUGAAAACACCUGCGAUACAAAACGACUUCAGCUAUUACAGAAGAAUUGUAUCUCGAAGUGGGCUUAUUAACGCGGAACUGCCACCCGGAGAAGAACCUCACAUAGGAGCAGAAGUUGCCAACCGGAUGUCACUCUUCUACGCACAAGCAACUUCAAUGUUAAAAGUUCUAUCAGAAGCGACAAGUCAAUUUGUCAACGACAAUCAACAAGAUUUGGAGAAUACUACAGAAACACUCAGCACGAUGGCCAAAGUGUGUUUGAGGAUGUUGGAAAAUCCGAAGCUGGUCGCGCAAUUUAGCCGUGAGGAGACCUCUUUAUUGGUCCUUCGAGUCAUGGUAGGUCUAAUCAUUCUAUACGAUUGGGUCCACCCUUCCGGAGCUUUUUGUCGUUCUUCCUCAGUCGAUGUGAAAGGGUGCGUGAAAUUCCUACAACAACAACCCCCACAAAAAGCUGAACCUCUUCUAAACGCGCUCAGGUACACUACAAAACAUUUAAACAGUCAAUCCACUCCGAAGAAUAUAAGGGCGUUGCUGGCCGCG